AACCAUUGUACAAAAACAGUCAUGUCAGUCCUUCUGUUUUUCAAUCGAUUUUAACCUGUGAGUUAAUCUUGUCUACUUUUAUAUUUACUGUCAACUUUAUGCUUGCACACAAGACUUCAACCAACAUGUUGCUGACAGAUUUUCAACAUCUGUUCGUCUGUUUCAUCUUCUACAUUUCAGGUGUUAUAGGAGGAGAAACCAGGAUCUGUGCUUUCAAAGGUUCAUCAGUGGAUCUGCACUGCUCACAUCAACAUCUGACUUCAAGCAGAAAAUGGUUCACUAUAUACUGGGAUGGUUAUAAGUAUGUUCAGAGUGAGCUCUCUGUGGAUGGACAACGUGUAACAUACAACAUGUCUGAAGGGAAAAACCCAACUUUAGCCAUCAAUGAUCUAAGAGACAGUGAUGCAAACGCUUACUGCUGUAUGGAGACUACAGACAGUGCAGGAAACUGUUGGCUCAACAGAAUUAGUCUACAAGUUGUUGCAGAGCUGCAGGUAAAGGUGAUUCCUGCCACAGAGGGACAGACAGUAACACUGAUGUGCAGCAGCAGCUGUCCUCUGACUGAAAAGCCUGCAGCCUACAUCUGGUACAAGAACAGAGAGUUUCUCUAUGAGGACUGGUCUCCCUGGUACCAAGAGCUGCUCAGCAGUGAGGAAGCAGUCACAUACUCCUGUGCUGUCAAAGGCUACGAGCAUCUCAGAGCCCCUCAAGUCUCUGUGGAUUCCAUCACACAGACAUGCUUCAGUCUCUCUUAUGCUUAUGGAAACAUGUGUUCUUAUAAACAGACAUUAGUGGAUGAGCCGUGCUCUAUCACCUACCCCAGAGAGGUUCAUGUUCAAAGAGCUUCUUCCAUCUCAGAGUUUGUCACACUGACCUGUAACACCAGCUGUAACCUGACUGAUGAUCAAACUGUCUACAUGUGGUAUCACAACAAAAUAAACUAUUAUGAGAAUCAACAUCAUUCAACUCAUAACUCUUCAACAGGCACAUUCUCCUGUGCAGUUAAAGGCCACGAACAUCUUCAAUCUACAGAAGUUUGCAAGUUUCAAAUCUAUGUUGCCAACUAAUAAUGAACUCAAGUGCUGGAAUACAGACCAAUCAAACAACUCUAAAUCUUCCAUCUAUAUUUCAGGUGUUCAGGAUAAAAACUGCUGGAGAGUGAAUUAUGUCAGCAGGAGAAUCUGUGCUCUGGAAGGAUCUUCAGUCAACAUCACAAGUGAAUACUCACAUCCUGAUAACAGGAAGCCAGAGUUUAAAUGUUGGAGUAAAAAAUGGAGAAAAGAUAAAGUGGAAGUUGAAGAGCUGAUUGAGGCUGCAGGUCGUGUGGAGUAUCAGGACAACAUGAAGAACCAACACACCCUGACCAUCAACAACCUGAAGAAGAAUGACUCAGGAGGAUACACAUUCAGAUUCAAGAGAGAUCAUGAAGGAUGGACACAGUCUGAUCUGCCUGGAGUCUUUUUGAUUGUCACAGAGCUGAGAGUGAAGAUGAGUCCUUCUGCAGUGGUGACAGAGGGUCAGAGAGUCACACUGACCUGCAGUACCAGCUGUCCUCUGACUGACAACACAAACUACAUUUGGUACUUCAACAGUCGACCUCUGACCCCGAGAGAGAACCAGAACAAACAUCUGAUCCUAGACCCAGUCAGCAGGGAGGAUGCAGGAAGCUACUCCUGUGCUGUGAAAACCAACAAAGAGAUCAGCUCUGCUCCAAAGACUCUCACUGUCCAAAGUAUCACAGGAACAUGGACACCAGCAGCUGCAGGAGUUUCUGCAGCUCUGCUGGUUUUAAUACUUCUCUCUGUCUUCUGGUGUGUUAGAAAAAAGAGGAUUUCCAACCAGCCUUCAAGAACUGAAACAUUAGGCAACAAACAGCAGAUUUUUCCUGAUUUCAUAAAUAAAAACGUUCCAGGUGAAUCGGAUGAGCAGGAUGGUCAUCACUAUGUCAGGCUGCGUUUCAGUUUGAAAAACAACACUGACAUCUACUCAACCAUCGAGUUAUCGUCUGCUAAAAUGACGACGACUUCCAGUGACUUUGCAAGAAGUGAAACAUCAAACAAUGAAGAGCAGGUGAACCCUGAUCCCAUAUAUGACAACCUCCCAGCACAUUAUAGCGGACUGCAACUACCUACGAGCCACACAAGUGAUGUCUACUCCAGUAUGGACCCACUGCCUGCUCACUAAAGUAACUUUGUUACCAUAGGGAUUUAAAGGGCCUUUUUCUCCGAUAGGUUUAGCGACUGAGCUAAUUUGAGUAUCACAGCAGGGACACCACAUUUGGUGGAUCUGCCAGUGGUUUUCAUACAUAAAUUACAGAAGAAAUAAAUGUUGAACUUUUCAGUUAGAAAAUGUAUUUUAUUAAAACACAUGUCACAACUGAAAGAUGACAAAAAACAGCAACUUGUGUUUGAGUGCAGCUGAGUGACUGUUUUUUAAUGCACCAUGAAAUAUCAAAAACCAUAUUAUCAACUUUUGUUAAUAAUAUGUUUUUUUUUAAUAUAUUUUUGCAACUCUCAUAACUUUCCAAAGAAACUGUAUGGACAUUUAUUGCAAUAAAUGUGGCUACUGUUUAAAUUCAGCCCUGUGGUUUCAUAUGUAUUCUGGCUGAUAGACGAUGACCUCUUAAUACUGACAGAGGGUCACUCUUCACUAAAAAUCAGUUCUUUUGAAAAGUAGUCAUGUUAUGAUUAGCAAAUAAUGUAAUCCCUUGACAAAAUGUACGAGACAAGAAAGCAAAAGUGUCCAGUGAACAAACAUAGAACAACACAGGGGGAGGCAACAGAUGGAAACACAGGUGGGGGGAGAUGACUACAGCUACUCAUAAUGAAACCCACAUGCUCUACAUUACAGAGGACUCAUUCCUAGAACAGAGAUAAACAGAAAGCAGACGCUCUAAAUAGCAACUUAAACUUUAAAAUAUGAACUAAGAAUUUAAGACUGCAACAAAGAGUCAAACAACAGGAACCAUUAGAAAUUGUGGAAGCAGAUUUCUUUUCUGUUGUAUUACAAACAUAUUUAAUCAUAUCACUUAAGUAUAGCCAGAUCACUCCUGACACCAAUUGUAUGCAUCCAUGUGGAAUCUUAUCACAACUGGGCCCCAAGUUUUAUUGCACCUUCACAGAAGGUCCAUUAUAUACUUGAAGAUCUCCGACAUCCUGCUCUUAGGGAGGUGACAGCCAAGCAGAAAACAAGGUCAUAAUUGUCUCUGUGAGGCAGGAGGUUAAAGGAUGGGGCUGAUGGCAUAGAGAUAUAUGAUAUGCUAUGGAAUGUUCUUUGUUUAACAGCGUCUGUGAUGGGUUAUAUAACAUGUAAGGGCAGCGGCCACAAUUCAGAGAUCACCCUAGUGUUUGACAGGAGUGGUUCUCUCCAUAUUGCAAUAUGUUAUUAAACUCACUUUAAAUCAUGCUCACUGUG